GCUUAAAAUACAACAAAAUAAAAAAGAAUCUGGAGCUAAAUUAACAAUGUGCUCUCCCAAUUACAGCCACCCUCCGGUGAAUAUCAGGUUGUCAUGACAACCUGCCCAGCAAACGAUAAGGCCCAAAAUAAAGCACAGCAGGGAGAGAGAUCUUUGGAAUCCGAUUUUGCUGUCAAAGUAGAAUUAAGAUUUCUUCAGAGGCCAGCAAUUCUGGUGAAUUUAUGGCUGCAGUCCGUCCGUUGAUGUUCAUUAACGUGAUCCAUUUAUCCGGAUGAGUGUGACAGUAGAACCAGACAGGGAGCAACAAAGAAUCCAUGGUUGGAAAUAAAGUUAACCUCUUGAAUACAACCCAAACCACAAGAAAAGGGGGGUGAUUGUUGGGUGGGUGUUUUUGACAGCCUGGUGUGGUAAGCAGAAAGUGGUUUAAAUUGCUUGUAGGAACAUUUCUGGGUAGCUUUGAGCACCAGAGCUGAAGGGAUCCAGCGGGCUAGAGAGAUGUUCAAAAGGUGCUUAAAUUCCAGUUUUUGCAUUUCUUGUCUCAGGAUUUUGUGUGUUUAUAUAGAAACACUUGGUUUAUCUGCCAUGCACAGGGACCUUGGCAAGCUUGAGAACUGGGCCCGUGCAAACUUCACGGAAUUCAACACGGCCAAAUGCAAGGUCCUACAUCUGGGUUAUAGUAAUCCCAAGCACAAACACAGACUGGCUGGAGAAUGGAAUGAGAGCAGCCCUGGGAGAAGGUGCUGUGGGUGAGGGCUGGACUUGCCCCAGCCUGAACCCCCCUGCCCAGGGCUGAUCCCCCAGCGUGGGCAGCAGGGCAGGGGGGAUUCUGCCCCUGUGCCCCUGUGCUCAGCUGAGAGCCCACCUGCAGAGCUGCCCCAGCCCUGGCUCCAACAGCACAAGGCCGUGGAGCUGCUGGAGCCAGCCCAGAGGAGGCCCCGGAGCUGCUGCCAGGGCUGGAGCCCCUCUGCUCUGGAGCCAGCCUGGCAGAGCUGGGGCUGUUCAGCUGCACAAGAGAAGGCUCCAGGGAGAGCUCAGAGCCCCUGCCAGGGCCUCAAGGGGCUCCAGGAGAGCUGCACAGGGACUGGGGACAAGGCCUGCAGGGACAGCACACAGGCAAUGGCUUCCACUGCCAGAGGGCAGGCACAGGUGGGAGAUUGGGAACUGGGAAUUGCUGGCUGGGAGGGUGGGCAGGCCCUGGCACAGGGUGCCCAGAGCAGCUGCGGCUGCCCCUGGAUCCCUGGCAGUGCCCAAGGCCAGGUUGGACAGGGUUUGGAGCAGCCUGGGACAGUGGAAGGUGUCCGUGCCCAUGGCAGGGGGUGGGACUGAAUGAUCUUAAGGUCCUUCCCACCCAAAGCAUUCUGUGGUUUCUGUGGAACACUUGCAGUCUUCUCUUCAGCCCAGUUUAACUCUCCUCCUCCUCCUUCAAGCCCAGCUGGAUGCUACUUUGUCUUGAGGAGAAGAUUGCAGCUCUGAACUGAAUCCUGAUGGAUGCAGGUGAGGACAUGCGAGUCCCUGUUUGCCCCUGGCCCGUGUUGGGUGCGUUAACACCACCCCAAAGGCUGCUCUGAGCCCGGGUGGUCUCUCACCUGCCCUGGAGGGUUGGGGGCUCGGUGGCUGGGGGUCCCAGCGUUUGGUCAUCUGCGGGUUCCCUGCCGGAUCCCCGGCAUGCAGGACCCGGAGGCCUCUGGUCACAUCCCGGGAUUGUGGGAUCCGGAGGUCCCUGUCAAGCCCCCAAGAGGUGGAUGCGGGGGAUCUCUAUGAGGGCGCGGGGUGCGGGACCAGCAGGUCCUUAUCACAUCCCCGCGGGGUGCAGGGUUCGGGGUGCGGGUGGUCCCUGUCAGAAUCCUGAGUUCCCGGAUCGGGGGAGUCCCUGUCAGAUCCCCAGGGUGCGGGACUCCCGCAUCCCUGUCACUUCCCGGGAUUGCGGGGUCCGGGCGGUCCCGGUCAGACCCCGGCUUGCGGGAUGGGGGAGUCUCCCUCGGAGCCCCGGCGAGAGGGGGGAGGUCCCUGUCACUGUCAGAUCCCGGGGCUGGGAGGGUCCGGGGGGAUCCCGGCCGGAUCCGGGGGUUGUGGGCUCGGGGAGGUUCCUGUCAGAGGCCCGGGGGUGCCGCACUCGGGCUGUCCCUGUCCGAUCGCCGCCGUGCGGCCCCCAGGCCGCAGCCCCGGACUACAUCUCCCGUCAGGGCCGGCGCGGGCCGCGGGCGGAGCGCGGCGCGUCACUGCCCGCCGCCCCGGCCCGUCCCUCUGCCGAGCCGGAGCCGGAGCCGGAGCGUCCUCCCGGGCGGCGCCCCCGGAGCCCCCCGCGCCCCCCGCGCCCCUCGCCGCGCCCAUGACCCCCUCAGCGGGGCACUGACCGCGCCCGGCCCCGCACGGCCCCCUGUGUCCCCGGUGCGUCCCCUGAAGGGAUGGAGAGCUCCUCGGUGGCGUCGGCCUCCUCGGAGGCGGGGAGCAGCCGCUCCCAGGAGAUCGAGGAGCUGGAGCGCUUCAUCGACAGCUACGUCCUGGAGUACCAGGUACAGGGGCUGCUCACCGACAAGACCGAGGGCGACGGCGAGAGCGAGAAGACGCAGUCCCACGUCUCCCAGUGGACGGCGGAUUGCAGCGAGCAGCUUGAUGGCAGCUGUUCCCCAUCCCGAGGGAAGGGCUCGUCGUCUCACGAGCAUAACCAGGAAGAUUGGGAUCACAGCAGCAGUGGGAGCACAGGAUCCUGGCCGGGGUCAAGCUCCAGGCAGGGCUCUGGAUCCAGGUCUGGCAGCCACAGGAGAAGCAGCCAGUUCAGGCAAUCAGCCAAGAAUGGCAACAAGGAGAGCAACCUUGACAUGCUGGGCACAGACAUCUGGGCUGCCAACACCUUUGACUCCUUCAGUGGUGCAACGUGGGACUUGCAGCCUGAAAAACUAGAUUUCACCCAGUUUCACAGGAAGCUGCGGAACACCUCCAAACACCCAUUGCCUCACAUAGACAGAGAAGGGCUUGGAAAGGGGAAAUACGAGGAUGGUGACAGCAUCAACUUGAAUGACAUAGAGAAAGUCCUUCCAGUGUGGCAGGGUUACCAUCCUUUGCCUCAUGAAGCUGAAAUCGCACACACCAAAAAACUGUUCAGAAGGAGGAGAAACGACCGGAGGCGACAGCAGAGACUUCCCAGCGGGAACAAGUCUCAGCAGCACACGGAUCAUCAGCAGGGUGGCACCAAGCAUAACAGGGACCACCAGAAACUCUACCAAGGAGGCCAGGCCCCUCACUCCUCGGGCAGGACGGGCCACCAUGGCUACAGCCAGAACCGGAGAUGGCACCACAACCAGAAGCACUCGCCCAACGACAAAGAGACGCACAGAAACGCCAAAGAGACUGAGAAUCUGAAAAUCGAGGACAGCUCCGUGUGCACGGCGCACGUCCCCGCCGAGGCGCCCCGAGGCCCCGAGGCCGUGGAGAAGCAGUCCCAGCAGGGCGUCCCCGAGCCCGAGACCAAGCGGAAAGACAGCGUCCACGAGCGUGCUGGGGACAGACCCAAGAUCAAUUUGCUUCAGUCUUCUAAAGACAGGCUGAGGAGGAGACUAAAAGAAAAGACGCCUUGUCUUUCCCUUUUCACGGACCAGGACGAAGUCACGGUGGAAACCACCGACCCUGAAAAGAAUAAAAUGGACAAAUUAAUUGAAAUUCUCAACAGCAUGAGGAACAACAGCAGUGACGUUGACUCCAAGCUCACCACCUUCAUGGAGGAGGCCCAGAACUCCACCAACUCUGAGGAGAUGCUGGGGGAGAUAGUUAAGACCAUCUACCAGAAAGCGGUGACAGACCGCAGCUUUGCUUCCACAGCAGCCAAGCUCUGUGACAAAAUGGCCCUUUUCAUGGUGGAAGGAACCAAAUUCCGGAGUCUGCUCCUCAACAUGUUGCAGAAGGAUUUCUCCAUGCGGGAGGAGCUGCAGCAGCGGGACGUGGAGCGCUGGCUGGGGUUCAUCACCUUCCUCUGCGAGGUCUUCGGCACCAUGAGGAGCAGCACCGGGGAGCCCUUCCGAGUCCUCGUCUGCCCCAUCUACACCUGCCUCAGGGAGUUGUUGCAAUCUCAGGAUGUGAAGGAGGAUGCCGUGCUUUGCUGCUCCAUGGAGCUGCAGAGCACCGGCCGGCUGCUGGAGGAGCAGCUGCCUGAGAUGAUGACGGAGCUGCUGGCGAUAGCACGCGACAAGAUGCUGUGUCCCUCCGAGUCCAUGCUGACCAGGUCCCUGCUGCUGGAGGUCAUCGAGCUGCACGCCAACAACUGGAACCCCCUGACGCCCACCAUCACGCAGUACUACAACAAGACCAUCCAAAAACUGACGGCUUGAGGGGCAGGGCAAGGUGGGGUGGUAAGGGACGAGAAGAAGACAUGCGCCUUGACGGGACCCGGCAAGAGCUUUUCUGAUUUAAAUCCCCCAGCAGACCAAACCCCAGCAUGCUCGAGAAUACGUUCGUGGGGUGGGGAGGGAGCAGCAUGUUUCUUUUUCAGCCGCGUCGCCAAGUGCCACCCCUCCUCCCUGCCGUGGUUUUGUUUUAGGGGUUUCUUUUUCUGAACUCAUUGCUCAAGCAGCAGCAGCGCAUCCCGCCGGGUUAUUGUUUGGCUUUCGAAAGAAGACAGAGAAUUUGGAAAAGGAGGAAAAAAAAAAAAAUAAUCUAAGUGGGGGCUAGUAUUGUUUUCACGCCGUCCUCCUGCCUUGCCCUGGCCAACUGGCAGGAGACAGCACGCAGCAGAUGUCUCGGGAGGACAAAGCCAGGCACACACUACACCAGACGCUCAUAAUUGAUGGCUUUUGUCAAGCGGGGCUUGCGUUAGGUCCCCCCCUCCUUCUCUUGUUUUCGACUUUCUGUGUGUUCUCCCACCUACCCGCCACCCCUUCAGAGGCAGAUUGGAGAGCGGGGCGACUUUCUUAUUUGCACUGGCUUGUCCUUUCCUCGAGCGCUCGUAAUUUCUUCUUGUCUUAUUGUAUUGUUGGACGGACAGUUGUGAGCAGCUCGGGGACGGGGAGAGCAGCGCCUUCCCUCGAGCUGGGUGACAGUUUAUGUGAAGAUGCUGAAGCAGAAGGUGUGUUUUAAAGGAGUCCUAAAGCCACUGCAGAAGUUACGUAGCCACCGUCAUCUUGCCAGUAACCUCCUCGGUGGAUUGAGAAAUGUGUCCUUUGAGCUGGGGGCUCUAAAAACAGGGGAUUCUGUGGCUCUUGCUGUUCAAGUCGCCGUUAUUCCUCAGCCACUAUAAUCAUUUAACUUUUUUUUGUAAUAUUUUUUUUUUUUCCAUUGAAGGAGUGCUUUAUUGUUAUUAUUGUCAUGGUUGUAAUUAUACAUUUAAAUCCAGGCCUGUUAUAGUUGGGCCUAAUAAUGUACAGGGCAAGGGAGAAAUGAAGGUUUGAUGUUUUUUUGGAGACUGGUAAAGAAAAGACAAGCAGCGUAUAGGAAAAAAAAAAAAAAAAAAAGGAAAAAAGAAGAGGGAAAAAUAGAAAAAGCCAAAAAUAGAAGUUUGAGCCUGGCUUCUAACUAGCUGAAUAUGCUACCCAGCGCUCCUAGGUGUGCAGUGUGCAGGAGCAGCUCUGUCCCAUGUUUAGUGUAAGUGGCACAGUGCCAUCGAGGGAUGGGGGGGACAUCUUCAGAGAGGCAGGGUGUGCUCGGGGGUCCCCAGGGUGCUCCAGCAUCCCCUCGUGGCUCCGCGCUGGAGCAUCCUGAGGGAGAGGACAGCUGUGGGGAACAGUGGGGAGGUGCCACCCAGAGGGUGAGAGGCUGGUCCGGGGCAACACCUGAAUCAUGAAGAAAACGUGGAAGGCUCCUAAUUUGCUGAUCUAGCAACACUUUGACAUAGAAAAUCCCGCCAUGUGAUUUUUCUAGUGAAACCUAGCAAGGGUGCAGGCUGCCCCAUCCUGCCUGCAGGAGCCAAGGAAGUCAUGAUGCCGUCAGCCCAUGAUGGUUUCUUCUCACUGUUCAAUUUAUUCCUUUUAUGAUAAGAGAAUUUAUGCCACAAGGAUGGUGCACACGGACGCCGGACCAGGCAGGCUGGGCCUGAGCUCAGCAGCUCAAACUUGUUUUUCCAAGCAAAAAGUUGCAUUUCUGGUGGCUUGUAGAGAAGAGAGAUUUCACCCCGGCCUCCUUGGAUGUGCAGUAUGUUCUUGGGUGCCUUAUGAAUGUGUUGGUCUGUCUGCGAUGGGGAGGAAGCUUUUGCUGCAAAAUUUAAAGGGCAGAAAUUUUCAGCAGAAGAUGCAUUGCAAGGGGGAUGAGAGCCGUGAUGCUGCAACUCAAUAUUACCUGAAUUUUCGUCUGGUUGUCUGCUGAUCCAGUUUUCGUUCUGCACUUGGAGCAAGAGGAGCUGGAAACAGGAGCUUCAGUUUUCCUGUCUGCCUAGAAAGCAGCAAAAUGAUUGCUGAGCUCACAAGAAUUGUCUGGAAGAACUGACUUUUGCUUCACUUACUCGAGCCCAGGAGCUUCGCACAGUGACGGCGCCUUGCGUUGGGUCAGCUUCGUUAGUAGCAACGUGGUUUGAUAGUAUUAAUGAGCAGAUGAACUUCAUUAGGACGGCAAAGCCCAUCAGUAUUACAAGGCUCAGGGCUGUGCCCAUUACUCUUUGUUUUUUCUGCUCCCUGAAUUCUCAAGGAGUGGAGGAGAAGGGGAUAUAAUACCCAUCACAGUGCACUCAGGCAGAGUGUCAGUCUUCUGGGAGAAGGCCUGAAAAACAGUUUUUUCUUGGUUUUAGAUUUUUUUUUUUCCUUAUUUUUUAAGAACAGCAAAGUCCUAUAGCAGGGACAGCAACCUGAUGGGUUGGGGUGCCAGGGAUCCUGCCAGCAGUGAUCCAGACUGCCACUCUGGCCCCUACAGCUUCUCACUUCCCACAGAAUUUUUUCUUGGGAUGUAGUGAAAGAAGAAAAAAGAAAAUAAAAACACAGAUAAUUGGGGAUUUUUUUUCUAAAAACUUGAAUUUUCAACCAUUAGUGCAUCAGGAGGCAUUCAGAGUCAAAGUGCAAGCCACAGGGCAGUAUUUCUCCUAAAGCAUUUCCCUACCCCUACCUGCUGUGAGAGCUUAUUCAAUUUUCUCAUUGUGGGGCACUCCUGCAACCCCCCCACUGACCAGGCUUGGCCCAUGACUUUCCCUUCCAACACUGGAAAUGAAGAACUUUCAUGUGAAAUUCGUCGUUUUUUAAUGUCUUGCCAUUUAUCUCUGCUAUUAGCAUACGUUCAUCCAGCCAUUGACUGCUUUGAUACAUCAGUCACUCUGUUGAUGUCCGAGAAUCAAAAUGUUGACCAAAAACAUGGGGUUUCUCCCCAAAAAUUACAUGCUGCCAGUGGUAUCUUUCUGAAGUCCAUCAGCAGGAAGCUGGCAGGCACACGUCAUCAUUCACCAGGGUACCGUGUUGGGAAAAGAGGUACCAUGAGGACAUUUGAUGGACAGGAUGGGGAACAGCUAACAGCUUUGGGGAAUUUUUGGGGGGUGAGAGUACCUGGGGAUCCUGGAGUGUUUUCUUCUCUCUCUUUUAUUUUAUUUUAUUUUUUUUUUAAUCUUUUGGCUUACUUUACGAACGGUCGCCAAAGAGCGUAAUUCUCCAACAUGUAUUUUUGGGUGCAAAGCCACCAGCUAGCACCUCCCUAAAUCAGCCAGGUUCCAUCUUUGCUGCUCAAUAAAAGUAUUUGUGUGGGGUUUUACUGAGUUGUCCCCAUACAACUACAUCAGCAAAGGAGGAACAUAAACCCCCUCGGGCCAAAUGUGUGUGGGGCCAAACCUCAGGGUGGUGUGGAGGCGAGUGGCUGCAGCAUCACCUCUAUGCUCCUCUCCCUGGGAUGCAGAGCAGGUUUGCUGACACCCUGCCAGGCUCCCCAGCUUGUUAUUCACCUCAUUCCUGGUAAAAAUCUUUCCAAACUGACGAGUUUUGCUACACAGAAGGUGACUUGCUUGGUUUCCCCAUGAGGGAUUCCACUGCUGUUCAGAGAAGUCUCGUGUACGUGGAGGUGAAACAAAAAUGGGGAGAAAAAAAAAAAGGAGAAGUAAGUGAUCUGCUUGGUUCCCCUCUUCCCCUGAAGGAGAUUAAUUAGUAUCUAUUCUUGGCAUGAUUGAUGGCUUUGAAAGAAAACUUGUCAGAAUAACUUACGAUUUAUUUUCGUGCUUAUUUUUAUAACACCCCUCACUUGGAAAUCGCUCAAAAUCUUAAAUAUGAUUUUUUUUUUUUUUUUUAUUUCCCUGCUGGGUAUUUUAUGGCUUUACACUAAUUUUGCUCUUCUUGGUGGUAGCUGUUAAGCAGUCCUGGUGAUAUUGUCAGUAUUUUUUCAGAAGAAAUAAUACUAAGGGUUGCAAAGUCUGCUGUCAAUAGCCAAGGGAGCUGUGGUAUCCUGCAGAACACGGAGUUAAUGCUAGCAAUUUUUUUUUUUUAAUGUAUUUAUUUGCAUUUGAAAAAGCAACAUUUUUAAUUUAAUCAUAUUUGUUAAACUAAGCGCUUUAAAAAAAUUUAAAAUGAAAAAAAAAAAGAAAAAGGUUUUGGGAAGAGUAAAGACUAGAUAUUCAUACUUAGAGAAAUCACAAACUCAUUGUUUUCAGCAUUUCAGAGACUGUUAAAACAAGGGAGCUCAUAACUCUUUGUGGCAAUUCAGUCUUUGUUUCUAGAACAUCCAGACCCACUGUAUGCUAUAAAAUGCAUCAUCUGAGUAAUAAAUGUUUAAAGCUUGA